UUUCAACAGCUGAAGUUUUCUCGCGCAUUUUUAAGAUUAAAUAAAAUCUAAAGUAUCUUAUUCCAGUGGUUGUCACCUUGCAUUGAACAUAGGGUUGCUGCGCUAUUUUAGGUCACAAUGCAAAUUUAUGUGUUAAUAUCUCUUUUCUGUUUAGUAUGGGCCCGAAGACAGAGGAAUCCAAUGGAAAAUCCAGACCUAUUUCAAGGGGACAUCGCUGGAAUGGACAGUAUAGAGGACAGAAAUGCCGUGAAUCACAAAUCCUUAUUGUGGCCAAAUGGUGUUAUUCCGUAUAGAUUAGAUCCCAGUGCAAAUAGGGGGAGUGCUUUAAGAGGAAUGAGGCAUAUAUCAAGUAAAACUUGCAUAAAAUUCAAAGAGCAAACUACAGAAACUGACUACAUAAGAAUAUUUUCAGGACAAGGGUGUUAUUCUCAUUGGGGUCGAACGGGUGGCAUGCAACCAGUAUCCUUAGGGGAUGGCUGUGAGCCAUUGGGAACUGUUAUUCAUGAGUUGACCCACGCUAUAGGAUUCGAUCAUGAACAGUGUAGAUCUGACAGGGACGAUUACAUCACCAUUCUUUGGGAAAACAUAAUGACUGGAAUGGAAGAUCAAUUUGAUAAGCUGAGACCAAAUCAAGAGAGGUUGAUCAAUAAAUUCGAUUAUGAUUCAAUUAUGUUAUAUGGCGAGAAAGCGUUCUCCAAAGAUUACUAUUCUAAGACUAUGGUCGCCAAGACACCAGGCAUUCGACUGAUUGACCCCUAUGACAAAAAUCAACUCAGUUCAAGUGAUAUUUACAGAAUAAAUACACUCUAUGAAUGUUCUUAGUAAAACUUGUCCAAAGGUUGUUCUAUUGGAGAUUAUAAUAAACUGAUUCACAUGGCACUUGA